GUUUUGUUAAAUGUUUUAGAAUAAUCUAGAUGAAAUAAUGCAUUCUUAUUUCCUACUAUCUACAGUAGUUUUAACUUUAUCGCUUAUAUUUCUUGACGGAAUUAAUGUAGUGAAUGGAGAAGGUGUUAUUUUCGACGUUAGGACAUUUUUCUUAGAAUGUUGGUCAAACUUGUGUUUACGUUUACAAGGAACAUUCGAUUUCUUCCUUGAAGAUUUGAAAAAGCAAUACGGGGGACAACGAAACUCAUGAAUUAUGUAACUUCUCUUACUCUGUUAAGUUUUCUUUCUACCACAAUUUAAACUAGAUAUUUUAUCUAAUGAAGAAUUAAUGUAAGCACCGAGAUUUAUCGAAUGCCAAACUUUUGUAUAUUAUAGUAGCUUCCGGUUGUUGUAACAAUGAAGUGCUUCACUAUAGGUAUUGAACAAAAAUAGUACCAAACUAUUACAAAAAUUAUUUGUGUUUUUUUAUGCGCCAUUCAAACUUCGAAUAUG